AUGGUUGACUCUCUGGGUGUUUUACAGAGAGAUGCUCCUCCAUCCAUAACAGAUUAUCAACUUAGAAAUGGAUUACCAAUGGUUUCCGAUACAACAAAAGCUGUUUGGACACCAGAGCAAUUGAGAGAACAAUCUGAAGAAGCAGGAAAGAAUUUAGUAGCAGCUUGUUUAGAAUUUGAGAAAAUGUUAGAUGAACUACCAACUUUAAUACGAUCGGAAGAGGAUCAAACAAAUAGAUUGAAGGAUUUCCAAUCACAAAAUGAAAAUCAAACACAUUUAUUGAAACAAAAAAUUGAUUUAGCAGAGGAUUAUUUGCAAAUAGUAUCAAAUUCAAUUGAGGAUAUUACAAAUAAUAGAUUACAAGUAAGACAUCAGAGUAAAAAGAAAUAA